UUAUUGUUAUGGGAUUUGACGUCAGUUCCGGCCGCCAACACCAGCAGCACUUUUUCGCGGUAAAAUGAAAUGAGCGCCUGGUGUUUUAUUCUGCCAUCUAACACAAGGAUAGCUGCAGUAACUUAUAUUUAAAAAUCGCAUACUAAAGCCAAGUUGAUAUUUAUCGUUGCUAUGAAAAGAGAGCAAAGCUAACGAAAGCUACCAAGGUAUCUGUCCCCUCCAUUACUACACAAUCUAGUAAAUAUUCAGCACAAAACCAUGGCUGUGGUGACCGGAGAAAGCCUCAAAUCAGAGCUGGAAAUGUUCGACAUAUCCUGCCAAGAUGACACAAUCCUCGACAAGAUGGUGGAGCAGUGCAUUUGCAACAGGAUACAGGCAGAUGAGAUGGUGCUGGAGUGGGUGGCCUACAGCACAACCAAAAAUGGACUAAAACUCACCACCGACACCCUGGAGUAUUUUGAACAUGAGGUGUUGAACAAGAAGAAUAAAUCCAAACAAAGCUUCAAAAAAGAAGAAACUCACAACAGAACCAGAGACAUCCACUCGCUGCAGGACUUAAUCAAAGCUGAGGAAGAGGAGGAGAACCUACUGGACGCUUACUCUACCCCUGCUAAGGGCUCUCAGAAGCGAGCGCUGACCACUCCUGAGCACCCUCACUCUAAAAGAAGUGCAGCUCUGCUGACCAGCCCCGGCCUGCUGCUGUCUCCGGCCAGCUUUUCUCCCAGUUCAACACCGUCACAGAAGUACAGCCAGCGAGGAGCGAAAGGGGAGGUUGUGGUUUCUUUCGGGGCCGUGCAGGGGACCCGCUGGGCCGGCAGGAAGGAGUCAGGCGCCGGCGUCCAGCUGGAGCUCCUGGAGGGGCCCGAGGACUCGCUCCGCUGCAGCUACAAGUACAUGUUCCAGAGGCUGCGAGACGUUCGAAACGUGUUGACGGAGAAGAUAGAGGAGCUGGGCGAGGGACUCAAGGCUCACUUCAACAUCGAAGAGUUCUCCCCGGUCUCUCUGCCCGCUCAGGACAGUAUCACAGUGCUGGGUCAGGUCUGCUGUGACAGUAACGGCAAACUGAACGCUCACUCGGUUCUCCUGGAGGCGGGUCCGGAGCAAGGCGGGCAGCAAAUACCUGUGGACCUAUCAGAGCUCAAAGACUACUCCCUGUUUCCUGGUCAGGUGGUAGUGAUGGAGGGGAUGAACACAACGGGAAGGAAACUGAUGGUUUCCAAACUCUACGAGGGAGUCCCUCUUCCUUUCUUCACUUCUGAGGGGAAAAUGGAGAUGAGUGAAGAGCCCUUGAAUGUGCUGGUGGCAUGCGGACCGUACACUCCCUCUGACAGCCUGACCUUUGACCCCCUGCUGGACCUCAUCAACGUCAUUGUCAGGGACCGUCCUGAUGUCUGCCUGCUGCUGGGCCCUUUUGUGGAUUCCAAACAUGAACAAAUUGAGGUGCGUUCUAAAGUGGACAUUUUGUGUCUUUAUCCCUGA